AUGUUCAUCCUGACUACGAUCUCCGAUCUGAUUCAGAUCGCACCCGAGGACUUUUCCAAGCUCAGCGCAGUCGCGAUUGAGGACAAUAUCAAUGAGAAAUAUGCCAACAAGGUGAUCCAAAAGAUUGGCCUCUGCGUCAGCUUCUAUGACCUCCUCGAGUCAUCAGAUGGUUUGAUCGGACAUGGAACGGGCCUGGUCAAUGUGAACGUGAAAUUCCGCAUGAUCGUCUUCCGCCCUUUCAAGGGCGAGAUCAUGCUCGGCAAGAUCUCCAGUGGCACUGAGAAUGGCAUCAAAAUCAGCGUCGAGUUCUUCAACGAUAUCCUCAUCCCACCAGCCAUGCUGAUGGACGGCGCUAAAUUUGAUUACGCGGACCAAGUCUGGACCUGGGAUAACGACGGUACCAUAUUCUAUCUGGACGUGGGUGAGAUUGUCCGCUUCCGCGUAGAGACAGAAGAAUGGCACGACCAGAUCCCCAACGCUCCAGAUUUGGGUGAAGAGAUUACUGAGCGAAAGCCCGCAUAUUCCAUCUAUGGCUCGAUGCAGAUCCAUGGUCUGGGACCUAUCACUUGGUGGUGA